UUGUCCAAGGGUAAUGUUUUUUUUAUUGAGCCGACUAGCUCAAAAUUGAUCGGUUUUCAGGACCUCGAGUGGUACUACACCCUGGAUAGCUUGGGCGGCUCUACACGUCCACUUUCUGUGCUCUAUGAUUCCUUGGUACGACCAGGAGCUGAUCUGGGAGCGCAGAUCUCUUCGAGGCUAUCGUGGCAAACGGAUAAGAUGAGACGCAUACCUCAUUUGGUACUAGGAGAAACGCCUGUCGGCGGAAGUUGGAACAAUUAUGAUCAAGAGAUGAUUGCUGUCUCAUUUUCCUCAUGGUUGGACCUACCCGGCUUCUCAAUCUCUGAUUGGCUUCAAGGAACACCACUGGUGCCAAGACUGCCAUCCGUUGCAAUUGUUGAAUACAUGAAAUCUUAUGUGAAGGAAAUGGGUCUCUUUAAAAGCAUAAUUCCGCAUACGAAGGUCACCUCUGUCAAGAAAACUGGAGAUCUGUGGACAGUAUCAGGAAAGCGAAAAGAUGGACUCAGUUUCAGUUACACAGCCAAACAUGUUGUAUUAGCCUGUGGGAAAACCAAAAAUAGGAAACUUGAGUUGCCAACGCAAAACCCUUCAUUGCCGAUAGUUUACGAUAUUUUGAGUAUGCGAUCUCGAUUGAUGGAGGAUUGCACUAUCGGGUCAAGUGCAAGCGAUGCGCGCAGUGGUGUGGUGAUUGGGGAUGGAAUCUCAUCGGCUGAUGCCGUGCGACUUUGCUUAGAACAAGAAAUACCGGUACUGCAUGUGAUGCGACGAACAGAGCGUCAGCUUCGAAAUACGGUUCUAUCUCGCUUGUCACCUUUACACUAUGGUGAAUAUCAUUCGAUUUAUCGAUUGAUGAUAGGAAGAGAUACCCAUCCACUGUAUGAGAUGAGCCAUGCGUCGUCAGUUAUUGAUGUUGACCAAAAGUCUGUAGUGACGAUAACAACACCAAAAGGAAAUCGAUACGAGAAAUGCUCCAUGCUGGUGGUGUGCAUCGGACGAGUAAGCGACUUGGAGGGUAUCCUUAGCGAGAAGUACACUUUCACUGGAUAUCAGUCAGAUGAGGAUCCAACACUGUUCUGUGCCGGAUCGUUCGCUGGCGACCAUUUUGUCCGUUACGUCGUCGGUGGAUGCCUAGAAGUGGCAAGAUCGCUUAAUGACUACUAA